UAGCCGAGGGAGCUGCGGCGCAGGGAGAUGCGCCUGAAUAGUGAGCCAACCGUUCCUCAGUGCCUAGCUGAUACUGAGCACUCUCUUGGAUUGACCUCAGUGAGUGUCAACCAACGCACGGGUGGCCUGUGGCAUCCCCUACCACCAUUUAGGCAGUGAGAUGCAGUGAGCCCUGCCUAUCUGCCACCAUUCCCCAGAAUGGACCGCAGUGGCCUCCUGCCCUUCCAGCUAUGGUGCCCCCGGCCCUUUGGCACCUACUCACAGAACCAGCCACGUCCGCCUUCCGCAACCCUCAAGCCAUCCACCUGCCCUGAGCCAGGCAGUGGGGCGGAGCCAGACCGUGGGCCUUCACACUCAGAGAACACACCCCCCGCUUUGGCCACGGAGGCCCCCACCUCCCAGCCUGCUCCGCUCCUCUCAGCAGCAGCUGCUGGCGACGAGGGUCGAGUCCUGCUGGACACAUGGUAUGUUAUCAAGCCCGGGAAUACGAAGGAGAAGGUGGCCUUCUUUGUGGCCCACCAGUGUGGUGGCAGCAGCCGGGCCAGCUCCAUGAAGGUCAAGGGACACUGGGGCAGUGACAGCUCCAAGGCCAAGCGGAGGAGGCGCUGUCUUGAGCCUACGAAAGCUCCGCCAGACCCAGGGGGCCGGGAGGGGCCCCCUGCUGCUGAGGGGACCCCAGCCUCCGCCGGUGAGGAUGUGGACCUGCUCUCUGUGGCUGAGAUGGUGGCCCUGGUAGAACAGCGGGCGGCCCUGGCCCUGCAGAACUACCCGCGCCCUGGCACCCCAGCGCCUGUGGUCUUUGUGUCAGCAGAGCAAGGCGGGCCUGCCAAGGGGCUGGGGUCCGAACGACGGUCUGGUGGUGGGGACUGCAGCCGUGUAGCUGAGGCAGUGGCCCACUUUGAGGCCCAGCGGGACAACCCUCCAGCCAAGGGUCUUCGCAAGGAGGAGCGGCCUGGGCCCGGCCCCGGGGAGGUGCGCAUUGCCUUCCGGAUCUCCAACGGCCGAGAGCCCCGUGCACCAGACGGCAGCUUGCCCAAUGGGACUGGGGGCCGGCCUGGCUGUGCCUACCCUGGCAGCCCAGGGCCUGGGCCCCGAGGCAAGGACAAGAUCACCUGCGACCUAUACCAGCUCAUCAGCCCCUCUCGAGACGCCCUCCCCAGCAACGUGGAGUUCCUUCUGGCCAGGGCAGACGAAGCCAAUGAGGGGGAGACCCCAGCCCCUGCCAGGCCCGAGGACACUCCCCCGGCGCCCCCUCCACCCCCUGCCCGGGACUGCGGAGCGUCCGGCUUCCACGUGGAUGUGGUGGUGACGGGCGUGGUAGAUGAGUGCAUCUUCUUUGGCAAGGAUGGCACCAAGAACGUAAAAGAGGAGACUGUGUGCCUGACGGUCAGCCCCGAGGAGCCGCCCCCACCCGGCCAGCUCUUCUUCCUCCAGUCCCGUGGGCCAGAUGGGCCCCCCGAGCCACCCCCAGCUGACUCGCCAGCCACCGCACCCGGCGCGGACGAUGCCGAGGGCACGGCGGACACGUCCCUGUGCCGCCUGUACCGGCAUGUGUCACAUGACUUCCUGGAGAUCCGCUUCAAGAUCCAGAGGCUUCUGGAGCCGAGACAGUACAUGCUGCUGCUGCCCGAGCACGUGCUGGUCAAGAUCUUCAGCUUCCUGCCCACGCGGGCCCUGGCGGCCCUCAAGUGCACCUGCCACCAUUUCAAAGGCAUCAUUGAGGCAUUUGGUGUGCGGGCCACAGACUCGCGUUGGAGCCGUGACCCACUCUACCGGGAUGACCCUUGCAAGCAGUGCCGCAAGAGAUACGAGAAGGGCGACGUGUCACUGUGCCGCUGGCACCCCAAGCCCUACCACCAUGACCUGCCUUAUGGACGUUCCUACUGGAUGUGCUGCCGCCGGGCCGAUCGCGAGACCCCUGGCUGCCGCCUGGGUCUGCAUGAUAACAACUGGGUGCUGCCCUGCAAUGGGCCGGGCGGGGGUGGUGGCAGGGCUGGCCGGGAGGAGGGGAGGUGAAGCCGGGGGAGGGGGGGGGAGAGCCCACCAUGCCCACCCCUCCCCCCUCCCCCUGGGAACCAAGGGCCAGGACUGGGUCACCGCCCAUACCCAGUCCAGGCAGCGUUGAUCCCCCGCCAGAACUGAGAUGGGGUUCAGGAGGAUGACUCAAGAAGGCACUCUGAUUGACUGACCCCUAUUGAUUUUUUACUCUUCAGACCCAGGGCCGGGGACCCUCAAGAAGGAGGGUGUUUUUUAUCAUCAUCUCAAGUUUCUUCUCCAUUUAGCCCCAGCACCCUUCCUGCCACUCUCUAUACCCCAGGGACCCACCAGCAGGGAGCAGAUGGCAGCUAAUUUUGGUACUACUUAAGGGUUCCCCCAUCCUGGCCCCCUUCCACUCCUCCUCCCAGCUGUCUCUGAAGCUGUGUUCUCCCGAGAGGUUGCAGCACCCAAGGCUGGUACCUCCCCAAACCUGCCGCACCACAGCUUACCUCCUCUUUAGGAACUGGGGGCCAUCCCGUGACAGAUCAAACUGGACACGUUUUAUGGCAGCCUGCCUGCCAUAGCUAGAUGUUUUCCCCAUUAAAACAAAUAAAAAUCACUGUUUUCUCCUGAACCUCAAGCUACUAGUCUCUCCACUUCCCCCAGAGGGGAAAAAAAAAGAGUUGAAGUAUAAAAAUUUCCCUCCCCCCAUUAUUUAAGCUAUUGUAUCACUUCCCUUCCCCCCC